AUGGCUCGACAGCGGAAAAACCAAAAAUCAAAAGCGGCAAGGGUCGAUUCGGAUACCGAGGUCGAAGAUAUCCCAAGGAAAACCCUAAUGGAACAGAUUGGUUCCAACCUUCCACAUCUUGAAAACGGAGUACCGUUCGACCUGAAGCAUCUUCAAGCUCCAUUGGCGGAAGCUUUAUCGAAAGACCAGAAGAAAGACGGGAAAAUAACCUACGAAUCAUUCAAUAUCCCAUCCGGAUUACCCGAUAGAAGUGGACCAAAGAACGAAUUCUUGAAGGACAAGGAACAAAAGAAGGGUGACGAUAAAGAUGAUGACGACGACGAGGAUGCGGAAAUCGGAGAUCUCGGACAGGCGUUCUUUCUCGCAGUGCCUUUAACGUUGCUACUCCUUGCAUUGUACAUCCUCGUACAGAAGCAGUAUUUAGAAGAAACAGACCACUGGGAAUCUAUCGGAAGGACCGUAAAGUCGUUCCCUGUAAUCUGGUUCAUCAUUUAUCUCACCCACCCACGCAAAACUUUGGUAGCAAUGCAAGUGGUUUUCAUAGCUAUAGCUGUAGGCGCCGGCUGCUGGAUGAUCUAUAAUGUCAACAAUAACGGUUAUUACGCAGUUAUGAAGAUGGUCCCUCCACUCGGAACUUUGCUCGUCUACUCGAUGAUUGAGAUGGACAUCACGCCCUCCGUCUCAACUUUGGCACUCAUCGGUAUCUACUGUUGGUACAAUGAUCUCGUCAUAUUCUCAGUGUAA